AUUUUAUAAAUUAAGUCAAGUCACUUCAACUUCAUUGUUCAUUAUUAGGUCUAAUAAGUUAUAUUAUUAUAAUACAUGUGCACUGCUUACAGUCAUUUAGCUGUGGUAUAACUUAGUGUCCACUUUAAUAAACUAAAUAUUGCUCGGUGUUAGGUUUCUAAGAAGAUCCAUAGUAAAAUUUUCAUAUUGCGGUUGCGGAUACGAAAUAAUGGCUUCUGCAAUGGACGUAGACGAUGAUGAGAUUGAAUUGCCCACAUCAAGUAGUAGUAAAGGCGAGAAGAAAAGAUUUGAAGUUAAGAAGUGGAAUGCAGUUGCUCUCUGGGCUUGGGACAUUGUAGUGGACAACUGCGCUAUUUGCCGCAACCACAUCAUGGAUCUCUGCAUCGAGUGUCAAGCCAAUCAAGCGUCGGCGACCAGUGAGGAAUGCACAGUAGCCUGGGGAGUGUGCAAUCAUGCAUUUCACUUUCACUGCAUUUCUCGGUGGUUGAAGACUCGGCAAGUUUGUCCCUUGGACAACAGAGAGUGGGAAUUCCAGAAGUACGGCCACUAAAUUCUUGUUGCAACUCCAAAUCAAGGAAAUUAAAUGCGUCAAGAUUAAUAUGUUUCUGAGUUUAAGAUGUUUCCAAACAAAAUUCACAUUGUUAUUCUAACCAAAUGUUCUAGUAUUUGAGACAACAGUAGUUUGUACAGUUUUUCAUUAGUCAUACAAAAAUUUCAUUACACAUUCUUUGAAAUAAAUAUGCAUUUAGCAUUUCUACUUUAUAUGUUUUCCUACUUAUUCACUCAUUUGUCUGCUGGAAUUAAUUCCUAACUGAUAACUGUACUACAACUAUACUACCGUUGUAUAAUAAAUUUCUUUCUUUGUA